UUAUUAUCUUUACUUUAAUCUGUGGUGUUUAUGGUUGGAUACAAACUGGGAUUUUGACUUCAGGUUCAUAUAGUAGUCUGUUUUGGGUAUAUCAGGUAACUUAACAAGAUGGAAUUUUGGAAUGGUGUCUGUUAUGUAAAAGAGAUCUACUAUUUGCUUUGACUUUUCUUCUCAGCUACUGUUCUUGAGUUUCUAUUCUUGGUCCUCCUCCUUUUUCUUCUUCUUCUGAUGCUCAGUGUCCUGAUAUUUGAAAACAGUAUUCUUCUGGUAAGCUGGGUUUCCUGGUUUUUGUGUGUGGGGGCCGCAGAAAUUUUUGCUCUUUCGACAUUUAAUAUACAUGUAUAAAAAGUAAUUUUUGAUUUAUAUAUACAUUAUAAUUUUUUGACGAAGUGUGUUCAUGACCACCCUUCGUGUAUGUGGCCGCGCCACUGGUGUGUUGUUGGGGGAAUAGCGCACGCCAAAAAAAGGAAAUAAAUAGGAUUUCAGUCCUUGUCCAUUUUUCUGAAUUUUCUCUUUUUUGUAAUUUGUCAUUAAUUGGACUUAUGGUUAGUUGGAGCUGUAUUGAUGAGUAUUAAAGAUGCAUGGGGAUUUGGUAGUUCUGUGUUUUUUCUGAUGAUGGAACUUUAGGCCUGCUGUAUAAACUAAAAUGACAACGUACUUUCUUCUUUAUUCAUAGCUCCCGUCAACCACCUCAGUACAUAUGAUUAAAUUCUUGUUAAAUAAUCAAGUCUUUGUAUGGCAAGUUUGGCCACCUUGAUUGAUUUGUGGUUUAACUUGAAUUUCCAUGUUUUUAGUUAGAAGCUGGGCUCUUAAGGGUAGCUCAAUAUUAGCCCUAUAAUAAAAUCAGAGGCGGAGCUAGGAUUUGAAGUUAUUGGGUUCGGAGUUCUACCCUUUUUAUAUGAUUGAGUUCAAGAAUUUGUACCUAUUCAAUGGAUUUCUUAAGAUAAAUAUAUGGUUUGCACUAAAGUUACUGGGUUCGGUCGAACCCGUUACCGAAACUCUAGCUCCGCCCCUGAAUAAAAUGUUAUUUUGACAGCAAUUUGAAUAAAGGAGAAGAGAUCUUGUGUUCUUUUGAGAGUGCAUAAAAUAGCAUGUAUCUUGUGGAUGUUAUAAUUUUUUUGGGGGAGGGGGGAUCCUAAAGUUGAAGACUAAUGUACCUUCGAAAUUUUGAUGCCGAGGGUCUAUUGCAAACAACAUCUCUUAUCUUCACAAGCCUGCUACUCGUCUUUGUUGUUUCACCGGAUUAUGCCUAGGAAAAAUUAUGUGUGGACUAGCAAAUGGCUAUUCGAGCUCAAGCUUUACCAAAUAGAAGCUUAGAACAAACUCCCACCUGCUUUGUGCCUCAUUUUGCUGUCAAUAAUUCAACAUGGUGGAGUUCCAAUGAAGUACAGUCUUCACAGUCUCUUUCGAAAAAUUUAACCUCUGAAGUGGUAUUUCUACCUCCGCCCUGUCAGCAGAUGAAGUUUCUUGGUCUGGAAUUACAAGGCGACGACUCACACUCUACCCAAUCAAAUAGUAACCCCCCGCUAGAAGUGACUGCUUUGGGGAAAACAGGUUCUCAAGAUCAAUGCACUUCUUCUGGAUCUGAUAGUUUAUUUGCUAUUAGCACUGGAGUACGUUUACGACUUGUUUUGCUUUUCUCAGUUCACGAUGAGAACUACAAAAGGCAUAAACAAGCUCAAAUCAAGCCUAUUUCUUUUAUUAGAAAUCCAGAAUAUACUACUGAUUGUUCACAAAGUGAAAUGGCCCAUUCAAUUAGCCACGCUCCUUUUGGUUACUCCGACCCCUAUCUCAGUGGCUUAUAUGCUGCUUAUGGACCUCAUGUUUUUCCUCAAAUGAUGGGCAUAGCACCUGCCCGCCUCCCACUACCCCUCGAUCUUGCAGAAGAUGGACCGAUUUAUGUAAAUGCAAAACAGUAUCAUGGGAUCUUAAGGAGAAGACAGAUACGUGCUAAGCUUGAGGCUCAAAACAAACUUGUCAAAGCUAGAAAGCCGUAUCUUCAUGAAUCACGGCAUCUUCACGCGGUCAAGAGGGUUAGAGGGUCCGGAGGGCGUUUUCUUAGCACAAAGAAGGUUCAAGAAUCAAUUCCAAACGACCAUAUUAACUCGAGUUCUUCUCUGGACUUGGUUACACGUGAGGCUCACACUUCCGCUUUCUUGAGCGUCCGACAGGAUGCUGCGCAUAACGGCGUCAUUUUCCAGCAGCAGCAGCAUGAUCACAGGGCCUCAAGUUUAUCCUCUCACUUGGCUGUUUCCAUGCAAAGUAGUAGGAGUACUGGCAUUUCAUGAAAAUGUGACUAUAUGUACUCACAGUUGUCUGGUGAUUCAAGUUUCAACUCACUGGCGGGCAAUUCAUCCUUGGCUUUUUACGCUUACUGUUACGUCGUCCUGGUUACUCUAAAUUUUUUAUAAGGUCUUCUCUGGUUAUUCUAAUUAUCAGCUGGAUUUCCACUUUUGUAAUGGUACUUUUGGUUGAACUCUAGGUGCUUUGAACCAAACUUUUUGGGAAGUUCUAAAGUUCUCUCGUUAUGUUUAAUGGAUCUUUCUACCA